AUGGUUUAAAGUAGUGAGUUAUCGUUCCUAACAUAGUGGCGCUACAUGUCCCGGUCCUUGUGAUACUUCCGCUUCGUAGUAAACACACGUGAAACAAUAACGAUAAGAGUACAUAAGUAAGUAAUUAGUUGAAUUAGAACACACAACAAUGCCCAGUAGUUGCUGCUGUGUACCUGGAUGUCAUGAAAGAGGCGGGCAUCAGUUCCCGACCGAAAAAUCAAGGAGAGACAAGUGGAUUAUAGCAAUUAAACGCUUGGACGAACAUACGAGAAAGUUAUGGGAGCCUUCCAAGUCUGCCGUUGUUUGCAAACGACAUUUUAAACCUGACGAUUACGUGACAGAAACAAUACAAGGACAGAAACCAUUACAUGGAAGACUAAAGAGCUCCUCAGUCCCUAGUAUUUUCUGCUGGACAAAGUCAUCGGCGGCAUCAACUUCAAGAUCUUCUCGAGUAGAAGACCGGGUGCAGAAAAAGAGAAAAUUUGAGGAAGCUUGCCAUGAUGACCUUGAGGACAGCAUUAAUAAAUCAAAUGUAGAUUUUGUUGAAGAGAUUGUGUCAGCUGAUGAGUCAACAAGCAAUGAUACUAACAUUACAUCAUAUAGUCAAGAAUUUAGAGAAAUGCAGACACAAACACAAUUACAACCAUUAUUUUCAGUAGAUCAUUUUGAAAAAGAUGAUGCUGCCAUUCACUUUUAUACAGGUCUAGAAACAUAUAGUAAAUUUAUGUAUGUACUUCAUUCACUUGGACCUGCUGCAUAUUGUCUCAAUUAUAUUUUUUUUCGAGUGCAAGGAGUGUCGAUUCCAGAUCAAUUUUUUAUGACUUUAAUGAAAUUAAGAAGGUACACUACAAACUUUGAACUUUCUAGAUUUUUCAAUGUAUCUGAGAGCACUGUAAAAAAUAUUGUUUAUACUUGGAUUAUAUUCAUGUCAAAGCAAUGGCAAGAGGUGUCCAUAUGGCCGCCUCAAUCCCUUGUCAGAUAUUUUUCACCUUCAGAUUUUAAAGCUAAAUUUCCUAAGACUAGAGCAAUUUUAGAUGCAACUGAGUUUCCUAUUAAAAAACCAAGUUCACCAAGAGCACAACAAGCCACAUUUUCAACCUAUAAAAACAGAAACACAAUGAAAGCUUUGAUAGGUUGUACACCAGGGGGUCUCAUAAGUUUUAUUAGUCCAGCAUAUAGUGGUUCAACCAGUGACAGACAAAUUGUAGAAAGAAGUAGUUUGAAAAAUCUGUGUGAUCAAGGUGAUAGUUUAAUGGCUGACAAAGGUUUUAAUGUACAAGAUAUAUUUGCUACAAAAGAUAUUACAAUAAAUAUUCCUACUUUUUUUAAAAACAGAAAUAGAAUGUCAGGUACUACAGUUUUGCGUGACAGAAAAGUUUCGAGCAAAAGGGUACAUAUUGAAAGGAUUAUUGGUUUAGGAAAAACGUAUCAAAUUUUAACACAUCCUCUUAAAAGUACUGAGGCAUGUUUAUCAUCAGAUAUUGUAUUCGUUUGUUACAUGUUGUGCAAUUUUCGCACUGGAAUUAUUCCAGCAGAUGCUUGAUUGUUUUAUGUAAAUUAAGUGCAUUUUAAAUGCAGUUAAGUUCAAUUAAAAUACCACUUGACUAUUGUGAACCCCUUUCGUCAUUACUUCAUAUUACUGUAUAUUAAGGACAGAGAUAUUUUCAAAAUUUUGAACAGUCAUAUCUCUUAAACUUUUAAUCAUGUAAACAUUACCAAGUCAUAAUCAAGUACAUUUGAGAUUUGACUAUUUCACAAGAUCAAUUGAUUGUAUGGAAUGUGUAAGAAUUUUUUCUACAUGUACCUUUUUUUUUUACUGAAAUUCAAUGUCAUGUCAGAUUUUCACUCAUUGUCAUUGUAGGACUUGUAGUAAUAUUUUUCAAGUACUGCAUCCUUGAAGAAAUUGGUGUAAAACUUUUCUAAUUUGUCUAGCAUUUCAUGUAUGAACGUAUCAUCCCGUUUGAUUUGAAUAUACACAAUGUCAUUUACAGUUAAAUUAU